UCUUCCCUGUCGCACGACGAUGAUACGACGAACCACUCCGAUAGAAAAAUCCGGUGAAUUUAGUUUUGCGAGCGGAACCACCUGGUCACCGCGGGGUUGAAGCUGGAUUUUGCGAGAAAACGAUAAAACCGGUACGAACGAGCCUAACGCGGAGUCCUUUAUGCCUUCCAUUGGAUUGUUCUCCAGUGACGUUGUUGGCUUAAAGACGGCAAACGGAGAAGGGGAGAAGAAGUUACGGCACAAACUGUCGAAGAACCACGGCGCAUUUAAAUGGCCGAUCGCGUAUUGCCAUGGAUUCAGUCGUCAGGCUCACGAAACCGGAUUGAACUUCGCGCUUGCGCUCGUACCCUUACAGUUUUGCUCGUCUUUUCGGUUUCUUCACAUAAAAGUGUCACGGGACCGUAUCGAUAACGAUCUAUUCGUCGAAGCGCGCGUUUCCGCGUACGGCAGAAGCCUGAUCAACGAUAGCGAAGAAAUUUUGUGUAACGAUUACCCGUGCAUACGAAAGACAUCGUUCCUCGGCUAUGUCUAUUUCAAUUUAAUCGCGGAUAGGAUGUGCCGCGGAUGCAAGAACAAAUAACUUCCGGUUUCCUGGUCGAUUCUGGUCGCACGUCGCGGGACCAAAAUUAGGACCAACUCUCUCACCCGUUUGCCUUCUGUUUGCCCAAACAACGGUCGAAAAACGAACAGACGACAACUUGAAGAACGUGCCUCGACCUGUGCAACGUAGGGUUUUAGGAUGAGCAAACCGAACGGUAAUGAAGAUACGAACGAAGACAACAGAACCGGGGCAUACGUGAAUCACGCCUUAAGCGGAUCUGGGGACAGCAUACAUCUUAGUAAUUCGAACAGGUCUCAAGCUCUGCAUGAUUCGUAUGAGAGUCACCAAGGAAUACAGGGUUCUUCGGAUUUCAUAUUGGUGGAGGAUCCGGGGGAUGACGUGAUACCGCAGAAGGACAGCCUCCUAGAUUCAGUAGUCCAUUACACGAGGCGACGUUUGAGAUCAGCGUGCACCAAGAAAACCAUUUACAAGAGGCUCCCUAUUUUACGUUGGUUGCCAAGAUACAGCGGCCAAGACGCACUGGGCGAUCUUGUUGCCGGUGUUACCGUAGGCCUCACCGUUAUUCCACAAUCAUUAGCGUACUCCAACGUAGCAGGUCUACCACCGCAGUAUGGAUUAUACGGUAGUUUCAUAGGUUGUUUCAUCUAUAUUAUAUUCGGAUCCUGCAAAGAUACGCCCUUGGGACCUACCGCCAUUAUCUCUUUACUCACCUAUCAAACGGUAUCGCAUCUUGACGCACCUGUGCAACACGCGAUACUUCUCUGUUUUCUGGCUGGAGUAAUAGAAUUACUCAUGGGGAUAUUUGGUCUUGGAUUUUUAAUUGAUUUCGUUUCGGGACCUGUUAGCUCGGGCUUUACAUCAGCAGUAGCGUUAAUAAUUGUCACCUCGCAAAUAAAAGAUGUUCUCGGAAUACCUGCCAAAGGAUCACAGUUUCUCGAGAUGUGGAAAAGUCUUGCCGGACAAUUACAUAAAACCUCGGCCUGGGACGCCGCGCUUGGCGCAACUUGUAUAGCUCUUCUUUUACUUCUUAGACUUCUAGCGUCGUACAGUAUCGGCCCUAAAGACGAAGAAUCGCAAACCUCGAAAUAUCGCGUUAUAAACAAAAUCAUUUGGUUAAUUGGUACAUCGCGAAAUGCGUUUUUGGUGAUACUUUGCGGCCUUUUGGGAUAUAGUCUUAGCGAAAGAUCUCCCUUCAAAUUGGUUGGUUUUAUACCAGGAGGUUUGCCAACUGUACAAUUACCACCGUUUAGUUAUACCAAAGAUGAUAAUACAACGGUGACGUUUGUCGAGAUGGUUUCAAAUCUGGGAAGCGGUAUUCUUGUUUUGCCGCUUAUUUCGUUAAUGGAGAACAUAGCUAUUUGCAAAGCUUUCUCAACUGGAAAAUCAGUUGAUGCAACGCAAGAACUGAUCGCGAUUGGAAUAUCAAACAUUGGUAAUUCUCUAGUACAGGCUUUUCCCGGUACAGGAUCUCUUAGUAGAAGUGCCGUAAACAAUGCUUCUGGAGUUAGAACGCCGAUGGGUGGUCUUUAUACUGGUGCUCUAGUAAUAUUGGCCCUUCUUUUUCUCACUCCAUACUUUAGUUAUAUACCGAGAGCUACGUUAGCAGCCAUUAUCAUAGCUGCUGUGAUAUUCAUGGUAGAAGUUAAGGUCGUAAAACCAAUGUGGAGAACAAAAAAGUCGGAUUUAAUUCCUGGAUUAGGAACAUUCAUCGCGUGCUUAGUGUUACAACUAGAGAUUGGAAUCCUAUGCGGCAUCGGAAUAAAUAUUUUGUUCAUUCUUUAUCACGCGGCACGACCAAAAAUAUCCGUAGAAAAACUUACCACUCGUCAUGGUAUCGAAUAUCUCAUGUUGACACCGGAUAGGUGCUUAAUUUUCCCAUCGGUAGAUUAUGUACGAAAUUUAGUAACAAAGUAUAGCCGACGGGCUGGAAGCGUGACUACUCCAGUUGUAAUCGACUGCUCGCAUAUUUACGGAGCAGAUUUCACUGCAGCUACGGUAAUCGAAACUUUGACGAGAGAUUUUGCCAUGAGGGGUCAACCGCUAUUUUUCUACAAUUUAAAACCUUCUGUUUACGCUGUUUUCGAGGGUGUCGCGUCACCGUCGGAUUUCGUUGUGUACUACUCCCAGGAGAAGCUGGACAAUCUCUUGAAAGGCAAAGGGUACAUAAAUCAACCUAAGUAGAGAAUGCAUUAUUUAUAUGUUGAUUUUCUUGUUACGAACUGAAUUACCACGGUACCUUUUAUUAGUGGUAUAAUUUCACCCCGUAGGCAGUUUUAAGCAACGCGUUUCUUAAUUGCCUUUAAUUCGCAAAGGUAUAAAAGGGAUACUUCUACAUUCUUAAUUUACCUUUUCAUUGUUUUUCAACGAAUUAGGUCCAGCUUCGUUGCAUUUUAUAUUUAAAAAUACAUUACGAUCAAUGUAAUGAAUAUUCAUGUUAAGUGUAUUAUGUCAUGUCACGCUUUCAAUAAACAAAUUUGUUAUAGAUCAUCAUCAACUAUAGAAAACUGUCUAUCAACAGUUUCUGUUUGUUGCUGAUUCUUAUCAUGACCUACGUUCAACAAACAAAAUCAUGCGAGAAUAAUCGAAUCCGUUAUAGGUGUAAAAUUUUUCGAUAGAUGUAAUCCUAAGCAUAAUGCAAUUCUACAAAUUUGAUUAAUUUUACGUUGACUCUUAUAGACUGUGAUUUGUAUAAAAUAAAGUAUUUAAAUAUUUGAAAUGUUUAAAUAAUUACGAACAGCGAUGAAGAUAUUCUGUAAAUACUUAACUCGUGAUUCAGAAGUAAAUAAAGAAAAAAACAAGAGCAUCUUAUGUUGGUAAGAAUAAAUUUUAUAAAAUACAUCGA